AUGGAAGAAAGACACACCACCGCUUCACAACCACCUAGGUUGCCUGCAGUUUCAAAGGACCAAGCCCACGCUUCAGACAGGGGAGAUUCAAAAAAGGGGAAAAAUAUAGUCGUCAGGGAGGAGCCGAAGGAGUUGCCUGAGGAAUUGCAAGUACCUUUUUCUUUGAGGGUGCUCGAGGAGAAACUACCGAAGGGGUAUAAGCCCCCAGCUAUCAGAGAGUAUGACAGUAGCAAGGAUCUAGAGGAUCACCUUUGUAACUUUCAGAACGCUGCGCUGUUGCACCAGUACAAUGACGCCAUUAAGUGCCGGGUGUUUUUAAACACUCUAUCUGGCAUAGCACAAAAGUGGUUCGACAGAUUGCCUGUUGGAUCCAUCACCUAUUUUCAGGAUUUCAAGAAUAUUUUCCUACACCAUUUCGCCAGUAGCAGGAAAUAUCAGAAGACAAACCAUUGCCUAUUCACUCUCAGGCAGGGGUCUGCAGAGCCCCUCAGGGCCUACAUAAAAUGCUUCAACCAUGUAGCCCAGGACAUCCCCUCCGCUACCUCGGAUAUCUUGAUGAGUGUCUUCUCUCAUGGUCUGGUAGAAGGAGAGUUCUUCCGAGUAUUCAUUCAAGUGUCUGUGAAGAAUUUUGAUGAAAUGCUGGGGAAAGUAGUAAGUUACAUUAAUGUAGAGGAAGCCCAGACAGCUAGGAGGAAGACAGACAGAGUGCCUGCUCAUGUCAACAAGUCAGAGAAAAGACCGCCACAAUCACCCGCUCGACCCUUUGCCCGCUCCAAGGAUUCCUGA